AUGGAGACUAGAGACUCCAGCGCGAGCUACAGAAAGACUGAGGGCAUACCCGGGACCUUGAGCACCGCUGUGCGAGAGCAUUUGCGGAAGCUGUGUCUGCGUGAAUUCCCAUGUGGCACCGGGAGCUGGAAUAAGUCACGCUUUCUUCCUAAAACAUGGCGAGCCUGGAGGGACUUGGUCCCCAAGGAGGAGGAGACUGUGAGCGCUGGCGAGGAGACUGUGGAGGCCCUGCUGGGUCUGGUCCGCAGCGACCAUUCUCCGUGGGCCUUGAUGAAGGACUCCAGCCCUGAGGACCAUUUCCUGAGAGAGCUGGCCAUCCAGCAUCCACUGAUGAUCAAAGACACUUUCUUCUACUACUACUUUCGGUCCCUGCGGGUGGUGGACAAGGGGGUGAGUCUGGUGGACAAAGAUCUCUUGAAAUUUCUAAAGCUGGAGGAGUUGAUUCUGAGCGCCAAUAAAAUUAGGGAAAUCGAUGCUAACAAUCUGCCCCCCCUUCUCAUGGUGCUGGAACUCUAUGGCAACUUGAUCACCAGCAUGGAGUGUCUGUGCUCACCUGCACCCCCGAACCUGCAGCACUUGGGGCUAGGACACAACAAUGCUGGGCCUUUGGAGAGUCUGUAUGUCACCGCCAGAAACUGGCCCCAGCUCGUCUCCCUGGACCUGAGCUUCAACGAGUUGACGGACUUGCAGAGCAUGAUAGCAGGACUCAGCACCUUUGAAGCACCUGAGCUGCUAGUGCUGCAGGGGAACCCACUGGCCCUGGUUCCGUACUACCGUGGCUUUACUGUGGACAGCCUGGCACGCCUCUGUGUGCUGGAUGACACCACCGUGUCUCCCAGUGAGAAGCACCAGUUCCGGGGGCUCAGCAUUCAUGGCGACCUGUUGGCACGUGAGGCACAGUUUCUGGUGACCAUCGGCAAUGUCAGGGGUGUUAUUGACAGCUCUGUCUUGGACCCAGAGCCGGGACCUGAAGGCCCUUUCAUCAGCUACAGCUAUUAUGUGACCUACGUUGUGGAAGACGAGGAUGCCGAAGGGAACGUGCGCCCCAGCACGAUGGCAGAGACCCAACCCGACAGUGUUCUGGCUGAGGUGCGACGGAGCUAGGGAGCAGACGGGGAGCAGUUAGAUGAGGAGGGUGGCGAGGAGGACCAGCAAGAGGUUCUGUUGGAGGACCAUCCUGGGGCGCAAGCGCCAUACCCGACCAAGUCGCCCGGCCCCGCCCGUCAGAGGAUUCGAGCAGAGUCUCCGGAGGUCAUGUCCAAGGAGUUGUCUGAGUUUAUAGCCGAAGAGAUGAAUCAGAUGGCCGAGGACUCCGGGAGUCUGGGAUAAACAGAUAUGGAGGAGUCGGAGACAACCCUUUCCAUCCGCUCUGCCCCAUUGCCACAGUCAAUUGGGCUCGUCGGAAGAGCUGUCAAGCUACGGCCACGCGUAGAUCCGCGACUCUGUCCAUCCCCAGGGACAGUUCUCUUCAGCACUGUCCGAAAGCCCUGGACUGAUGUCAUUCCUUGGAACUAUGAGAUGAAGCACACCCUCAAGGAGCUGGUGCGGGUUAAGAACUUCCUGCUGGCAGGGACCACCGUAACCAUCGUAGAAGAGAAGAUCCUAUCCUGGCCUGUGAUGCCCACUCCUGUCAUCGAGAGUGCCUUGCCUGCCAAGAAGGGAAAAGGAGACAAGAAAGAGAAAGAGAAACCACAGGACAAAAAGGGGCUCAAGAAGAAAAAGGAGCCGCCCAAGGAGCUGCGCCAGGACCCGCCUGUGCUGCGCGUGCUGGGUAGCGGCCUGGUGUACCUGGAGCCCUUGCUGGCAGGGGACUCAGUGGUGACCACUGUGUGUAAUUUUGGGGUGAUCCGCACCAUGGAAUCUGACAGAUUGACUCAUGCCAGGGAUUCAAAGAAGAUAAAGAAAGUUCCAAAAAGGCCUGGUCUCUUUCGGAAGCUGAGUUCCUUUAGGUCGAUGAGAACAGGGCUUGAGUUUCGGGAGAGGGAGGAGCAUGUCCAAGAAAAGUCAAAAAUGGCGACUCCAAACCUACGAAGCGUGUACCAGCCGGAGCCUCUGACCGUGGAGGUAGUUCAGAUCCAGCUGCAUCAGUACCGCUCGUGUGGAGGAAGCAUUCCUCAAGCCUACUUGACUAGCCGGGAAACAUUAUCUGGGUUAUCUGAUGCCUGUGAGGGUGUUCCUAGCUGCUUGGCUAACACUAGAGAUGCUAAAAGAGAUGCUCUGGCUAUCGCUAGGGACGACAGGGACGAGGCUGACCCAGAUAGACCGUUUUGA